AUGUCGGUGGCGCCUAAAGAGGACCGUGUCAAUGAAUUAACGAUUUUUGUGCGGAAUCUAGAUCCUCAAGUGACAGAGAGAAUUCUUUAUGAGCUGAUGCUACAGGUGGCACCAGUAGUUCGUGUUAAAAUUCCCAAGGACAGGGUCAUGCAAACGUCCCAGGGAUUUGGAUUUGUUCAAUUCAAAACAGUGCAGGAUGCUGAGUAUGCAGAACGAUUGUUCAACAAUCUGAUGCUCUUUGGAAGACCUAUUCGGAUCAAAAGGAACUCAGAGCCACAGGCCACCUCAAAGAAAGUGGAUGUUGGAGCAGUCUUAUUCGUCAAGAAUCUGGAUCCAUUGACAGACUCGGAAACACUGAUGAACACAUUUAAGGUCUUUGGAGAUAUAAUCAGCCCCCCAAAGAUUGUUCGAGAUGAAGAGGGUGUUUCCAAGGGCUAUGGCUUCAUCACGUUCAGUGAUUUUGCUGCUAGUGAUCGGGCUAAGGAAGAGAUGGAUGGCCAAUUCUUCAUGAAUAAGGAAUUGAAAAUUGAUUAUGCGUUCAAGACGGGAAGCAGGACUGAGAGACACGGGGAUGACGCUGAGAGGUUACUUGCGCGGAAUGGAGUUGAGAAUGGGGCACAGAGCCAGUGA